AUGCCAGUCUUUCCUGCUUCGUUUCAAAAGUUCCUCAAGGAGAAUGAGAUUGAUCCCGCCGUCUAUGAGAUCAAAGAUCUCCCCCGAUAUAUACGAAUAAAUCCGAGAGAUCAAAACCCGAUUGAUCGAAACGAGUUGGAGUUUCAAUUGGGAACAACGUUGUACUCUGUUUCGGGACUUGAUGGAUUUUUCCGGUUGGAUGGGAAUGCAAAGAUUGUUGGAUGUCAAGCAUAUAAAGACGGAAAGAUUUAUGGGAUCGAUCUGAGUUCAGCCAUAGCUGUCUAUGCUCUUGACUUGGAAAAAGGCGACCAUGUCCUAGACUUGUGCUGUGCGCCUGGCGCAAAGCUGUGUAUGAUAUCUGAUCUCUUGGGUACUGACGGAACUGGCACAGUCACUGGCUAUCGAAUUGGACGAGCGCGACUUUUCGUUGCUGAUGGAACGACGUUUGGUGUACGCGCGCCCUCGUUUCUCGAUCCGUUGCGACAGGAAACAAUGCGAUCUAGUAGUCGAAAUUGGUUUGGUGAAGAAUUGUCUGAGGAUUUAACGAUAUUGGCAGUCGAUAACGGUAGUGGUACGAGCAUAAUUAAGCCAUUUUGGGCGCCAAAGACUCUUCGCACUGACCCACAGAAGGCGGAUGACAAGUAUCUUUAUGAUAAGGUGCUUGUAGAUGCUGAAUGUACUCAUGACGGGUCCGUUACGCAUAUUCUUAAGUACGAGAAAUGGGGAUGGGAUGUGUUUGAGAAGAAUUUUAUGAAUCCAGAUCGUACUGAGAGUUUACGGGAUUUACAACGUCAGCUCAUCGUCAACGGAUGGUCACUUCUUAAACCCGGUGGUAUUCUUGUAUACAGCACUUGCAGCCUCUCUCGUCAACAGAACGAAGACGUUAUCGGCUGGUUUCUUAGCAAAUACAGUGAUGCGCGACUGGAAGAGGUCCCACUUACUCCUCAAUUAAGGACGGCAAAAAUAAGAAGAAGCCAGUAUGACAUUGAUUUAUCCAUGACAGUUCGAUUGGAUCCAAUCUGUUCGAAUACAUCGGGUUUCUUUGUGGCAAAGAUUAGAAAACCUGUUGUUUGA